AUGUCAGUCUAUCUACGAUUAUUAUGCUUACUCCUAUGUGGACUAACUGUAAUGAAUUCUCCUGUGCAUUAUAUACGGCAGAAUAUGUGGUCUCCUAAUUACUUUCCAGGUUAUUUAAAACCUAUGAAUGCAAAACAAGCAAGGUAUUCAUUAGCCAGGGAAAAACUAUCGUUCCCACCAUACCUGAGUGAUAACACUUAUCACACUGGUGGUUUGGACAUGGAUGAUGAAUAUCAAAUUCCACAAAUGAGCGGUCUAUCUGUAGAACAAGAGAAUGAAGAAGAACCCAAUAGUGAAAAAGAUAAAAAUACUGAUGAAGUUCUAAUACACUUCGAUAGUGGUAAACACGAAAAUAUGACAGAGGAUGAUGUUUACAAAUCAAGGAAUAGGAUAAUAACCCCUGUGAGAUUUCAAAGUAAAGUCAGUGCGAAACCUAGACUACUGUUUGGACAAAUGCCAACAGUCACAUUACCAGUCACGGUACCGGCUCAGACGUAUGUUCCUAUUUCAGCGCCUGUAACACACCAAGUAUUGACAAAUGUGUACGGUACCACAAGUGCGGGAACACAUAUAUAUGUGCCUGCUCAAGCAGUACAAAGUCAAAUUCCUGUAACUGUUCCACAUGCUGUUAUUCCACAUACUAUUCAGUAUGGAGUCCAGCUUCCAGGUAUUGUUCAGCCUCAGCAACCGACUAUCAUUAUACCACAACAACCCACAAUUGUCCAACCACAACAACCCACAAUCGUCCAACCACAACAGCCAGGAAUCGUCCAACCACAACAGCCAGGAAUCGUCCAACCACAACAGCCAGGAAUCGUCCAACCACAACAGCCAGGAAUCGUUCAACCACAACAGCCAGGAAUCGUUCAACCACAACAGCCAGGAAUCGUUCAACCACAACAGCCAGGAAUCGUCCAACCACAACAGCCAGGAAUCGUUCAACCACAACAGCCAGGAAUCGUCCAACCACAAAUGCCACCUAGUGAAACCACACCUCAAGGAAAAGGAGAAUUUCCUCAGAUACCACCUCAACAACCAGGUUUGUCUUUCCCCGGUCAACCAGGUACACCAUUUCCAGCUCCAACACAGCAACAGGAAGUACCUUCUUUAAUACAAAACACACAACUACAGCAGCAACAAUCUCUUUUUCCAGUACAACCACAACAACCAACACAGAUGCCGCAACAAAAAGCAGUUAUUACAGUUAAACACGUUAUUAUGCCUCAACCGGUACACAUUAUUGUCAAAAAGCAGAAAUUCAAACCAGGUACAUAA